CUGGUAGUAACACACACACACUCGGCCUCUCAGAGCGACCGUAGAGACACAGUUCUCUCCUGAAGACACGCAGCACUGAAGUGAUCAGUAACCAUGAAAGGACUUCUGCUCCUGUGCCUGCUCCCCUUGUUUGGAGGUCAAAGGUCAUCAGCAUGCCCCCCCCUUUGCUCCUGUCAUGACAGUGAGGUGGAUUGCAGCAGCAGGUUUCUCACCUCCUCCUCGCUGCCCACCAGUUUUCCUGCUGGGACCACCUCCCUCCGUCUCCACGAUAACCGUCUGACCAGCCUCCCCAAUGGGCUCCUGGAUGAUCUGACCUCCCUCGGCUCCGUCUCCCUUCAAGGUAACCCCUGGCAGUGUGACUGCGGCAUCCUCUACCUGCGAUCCUGGCUGCUCCGUCAGCCCGCCACCCUCACAUCACACCUGGGCGUCAACUGCAGCUCCCCUCCCGGCCUGAGAGGGCGACUGCUGGUGUAUUUAAUGGAGAAGGAGGUCCUGGAGUCCUGCCACUACUGGUACUGUGACCUGGCUCUGGCCUCGCAGGUGUGUCUCUUUGUGUUUGUACUGGUGCAGGCGGCUCUGCUGGUGGCUCUCAUCGUGUUCCUGAGGAGGUUCGAGAGGCUUUCCAAAGAGGCGAAGAGGACCACGGAGGAGAGCUUCACAGCCGGGGAGAGUCCGAGGGAGAACGAGUACGCGCCUUUAAAGGGCAGCAGCAUCUGAGAUGCAGCUGUGAUGUGGGAUUGAUACAAAAGAAGGAGAAGAAGUUUAUCAUUUGCUCACCAGAGAGUAAAUGUCUCUCACAUGCUUCUGUGUGUCAGACUAUAACACCAAAGUUAAUUUUUAUGCACAAGCAGGUGACAAAUUAACUCAUAGGACCCUAGCCCUAUUUUUAGGCCUCUGCUCGAAAAUUGCAUAGCCAUACUCAAGAGAGUCCCGAGCU